AUGGGUGUACAUGGGCUAUGGGAGGCUGUGAAGCCUGCGGCAACUGGUCAGUCUAUUGAAGACUUCUUCGUGCGCGAAGGGUUCGAACAGCGUAAGGGAGAACGGGUAUACCGACUCGGCAUCGAUGCAAGCAUAUGGCUUUAUCAGGUCCAGAAUACGUUCGCGGUCGGACAUGCCCAGUCGGGCGAGAACCCAGAGCUUCGCACGCUGUUCUUCCGGUUGGCCCGCCUCCUCCGGCUCCUGGUGCACGCAACGUUCGUGUUUGACGGCCAGGACCGGCCCCCGAAGAAGCGUGGAAAGAAGGUCAUCAAAACGAGUCAUUGGAUGGUUGCGGCGAUGAAGCAGUUCAUCGAUGCGUUUGGAUAUGACUGGUGGAUGGCGCCAGGAGAAGCAGAGGCAGAGCUUGCGCUCAUGAAUUCGUUCGGCAUCUUCGACGGAGUGCUGACAGAUGACAGCGACACAUUGCUGUUUGGAGCGCAGGUGGUCAUCCGCAACUAUUCGGCAAAGGAUCAGAUGCUCACAGUUGUGAGCGCGGAUAGUAUCUUCAAGCAUCAAGCUCUUCGCCUUACCCGUCCGGGUAUGAUCCUGUUUGCACUGCUUACAGGUGGAGAUUAUGAGACUGGCUUGCAGGGCUUUGGGCCUCGAGUUGCAUGUGGCCUGGCACGCUACGGGUUCGGUGAACGCUUGUGCGAGGCCGUCCGGAAGCUUCAUGGCGAUGCCCUUUCGCAGUUCCUAUCAAGUUGGCGGGAUGAUCUACGUGUCACCCUGCGCACGGACAACCUCAAGCUCCUAGGCAGGCGAUAUCAAAGUUUAUCGGAUCGUAUCCCAGACACAUUUCCAAACCUUGCGGUCGUCGACUUGUACCGAAAUCCCGUAACAUCGCCACUGGAAGACUUCGAGAAAACCCCGGCUCAACCACCCGAUGUCGCCAGCCUCGGCGUUCUUUGUGAACGCUACUUCUCAUGGGGCACUCCCUCGGGUAUCAUCGAACGCUUUGGGAAUUGUCUACUCCCAGGCGUUGUGCUGCGAAGUCUCAUCAAGUGUGCAAUCAAUCGGGAUAUGGCUGAGGCCGCAAAGGAACCCCUUGUGAAUCAGCUCGAGGGACUUGUCCAUGUCAAUCCCGAUAAGAGCCCACGUCGCUCAAACAAUGCCCGGUUUGUAACCGCCAUUGAUACCGGCUUUGCGGCUCUGGCUGUGUCUGGCCUAGUGGGCCUGCGGCCAGACGACGGCACCGUAGUAGUGCACGCUGGCGCCCUCUCGCGACGGUUUUCGAUGCACGAGACGCUUGUUCAACAUCUGAACGAGGAGUCGUACUAG